AAGACUUGGCCCACCUGGGGGUGCGAGGCGAGCGAGUUCCCGUGGACGUACGGCUCGAGCGAGACUUGCUACGUCAUCGAGGGCGAGUGCGUCGUGACCCCGGACGAUGGAUCGGCGCCCGUGCGCUUGACGCCGGGAACGCUCGCGACUUUUCCCGCGGGCAUGUCUUGCACGUGGAACGUCACGAAGGCGAUAAAGAAGCACUAUUCCUUU